AUGGUGACGAUCUGUACCUACAAUGGACACACACUUCCCUCCGAGUCCUCGAUAGAAGACUUGCUCAUGCAAGCAAGAAGGAUGAAGUACGACGGCAUCGACCUUGCUGAGACGAGACCAAGCCACCCAUUCAGCGCCAUCAAUGACACCGGAGAAGAACUGUUCCUCGGAACAUGCGACAGUAGAGGAGUCGGCAGCGUCGGCGUUCUCGUUAACACGAGUUUGUCCAUGAACAUCGAUUCAUUUGAACAACAACAACCCAAAUCGGACGUUUACUAUUAA